AUGACUCUCCAGACUCUUGUCGCACGGCAGUAUUACGACACAUGCUACAACUCCCUCGGACAACCCUACCGGUGUCGUAGCUCAUGGAACAAUUGGGGUAGAUGGGUCGCCCUAGGCGUCAUCGUCUUCGGCGCAUUCCUCCUCUUUUUCCUGUGCAGUUGCUUCAGCGCUAGAAAGAGACGUCGCGCCGGUCGCCAACCAUUUUACGGUACGGGUUGGGCGGGUAAUACACCUUUUGGGCAUGGGCAGGCGCAAUACAAUCCCAAUUAUCAGACACAGCAGGCCCAACCACCUCCUACCUACAAUCAGACCCAAAAUCCCGGUGGCUACUAUGGUGGCGGUGGUGCAAAUCAAAGUUAUUUUGGCGGACAACCGAACGACGUUGAGAUGAAUGCGCCCCAGAACACCUACAAUCGUGGAGGAGACUCUGGCUUUGCACCACCACCAGGCCCACCCCCGAACAAGGUCUAA